UAUUAUUAUACCAACUCCCAUCUUUCCAAGGCGAUUACCGAUACUGACAAGCUUUAGCGAUUACUGUUGAAUGUGAACUGUGAAGUGUUAACUAUUUUAUCUCAAUUAUUAUUUAAAUAAUAAAGUAUAGCUUAAUCUUGUUUACAGUUAAUACUCUUGUAAUUCAAAACAUCUUAAUUGAUUUGCUUACUUAUAUAUUGAUCAAUAUCUGCCCACUUCAAGUCACUUCAAGUCCUUAAAUUGGACUUUAAUUUCUGUUUGUAAGUGUGACCACACCCAUCGAAAAUAGGCCUAUCCGAUACUGCAGUCAUGGACAUGAUGAUUUCCAAUCUGCAACAGCAGCGGCAGAUAACGGAACAGCUUCGCCGAGAAGCAGCUGUGAAACGUAUUCCUGUUUCACAAGCUAUACAAGACAUUAUAAAGUAUAUCAGGGAACGAGAAAUGGAAGAUUGUCUUAUGGUUGGGUUUUCAUCGCAGAAAGCUAAUCCAUUCAGAGAGAAAAGUAGUUGUGCAGUUAUUUAAACUUAUGUCUUAUUUAAAAGUUAAAACUACUUACAAUUAAUUUUGGAAGUUUAAAAGAAACAAAAAUA